CAAAAUGAAAGCAAACAAUGUUUUUCAAGUGACUCUCCUCUUGUCAUAUCUUCUUCUAACUAUUGGAGGAAAAGAGCUCAAAUCUAUAAACAGUAGAGAAAAAGCUAAUGAAAGCCUCACAAGUCCACAAGUUAAUAUCACUAUUCAGGCACAAGAUGGAGACAUAUAUGAUUGUGUUGAUGUGAAUCUACAGACAACAUUUAAACAUCCGGUGUUCAAAGACCAUAAAAUUCAGAUGGAACCAAGCUCUUUUCCAGUAGGGUUGGAUAUUAAAUCGCCAUUAGAAGGUGCAGUCUUGCAAGCACAUCUGUCUACCUUCGACUGUCCUAUAGGAACAAUUCCGAUACUGCACAACAACAACAUGGACAACACAAUUCUACAACGAAUUGGCGAGUUGGCUAGCAAUGAGUCACGAAUGCUGGGGGCCGGAAUUGAAUACUGGGAUGAGGUAUACGGAAUACGGGGAUCAAUAUAUGUCUACGACCCAAAGGUGAAGAAAGAUAGUCAGGACCUUACUGCAUCAUGGAUACAAAUUAGUAACUUGCCAAAAGCUGCGGUUGGAGUUGGGAUAGGUGUUGGGUCUUGUGUGUCUCCAAGCCUUAGUGGUGAUAACUUUGCUAGGUUCCAUAUAUUCUGGGAUAAUGAAGAACUGAAAAAAGGCUGCGUUGAUCACAAUUGUCCUGGUUUCGUGUAAGUUAGUCGCAAUGUUGGUCUUGGAGGAAGAAUCCAUCCCAUCUCUAUCUAUA